AUGCCUUCGCCUCUGGCCCUGUACCGCCUCCUGCCUAGGGAGCUGUCCCCGUGGCUGGACUCUCGGCCCUGCAGCAGCCCCUCUGAGCUCCCGGGCAAGGCAGGGAAUCUCUUCCUGGGGGCCACUCCUCCCCGGGCCCCGCGGCUGCCACGCCGGCUGGCCUGGUGCGCCAUCGACUGGGAGCAGGUCCGCUUGCAGCGCAGGCUGGGGGCCGGAGGCUUUGGCUCGGUGUAUAAGGCGACGUACCGCGGGGUCCCUGUGGCCAUAAAGCAAGUGCACAGGUGCACCAAGAACCCCCGCGCGUCCCAGCGGAGCUUCUGGGCUGAGCUCCACGUCGCCCGGCUGCGUCACAGCAACAUAGUGGGCGUCGUGGCCGCCAGCACGCGGACGCCCGCGGGCUCCGAGAGUCUGGGUGCCAUCAUCAUGGAGUUUGGGGGCAACAUCACUUUGCACCAAGUCAUCUACGGCAGCGCCCGCCGCCCGGAGGGGAAGGCAGGGCAGCCUCCCCGAGGUGAAGGGAGGCCGCUGGGUCUGGGGCAGUGUCUGAAGUACUCCCUGGAUGUUGUGAGCGGCCUGCUGUUCCUUCACUCGCACAGCGUCGUGCACCUGGACCUGAAGCCCGCGAACAUUUUGAUCAGUGAGCAGGAUGUGUGUAAAAUCGGUGACUUUGGUUGCUCCGAGAACCUAGAAGAUCUGCGAUGCUUCCAGACCCCUCCUUACCUCCUAGGAGGCACGUACACCCACCAAGCCCCGGAGCUCCUCAAAGGAGAGCCCAUCACGGCCAAAGCGGACAUCUACUCCUUCGCCAUCACCCUCUGGCAAAUGACCACCCGGAGCGUGCCCUACGCCGGCGAGCGGCAGCACGUGCUCUACGCUGUAGUGGCUCACGAUCUGCGGCCAUCCCUGGCAGCGGCCGUCUUCACGGACUCUGUCCUUGGGCAAAGGCUGCAGAGGGUCAUCGAGCGCUGCUGGAGGGCCCAGGCUGCGCAGAGGCCCAGCGCGGAGCCCCUCCUGGAGGACCUGAGCUCCCUAAAAGAGCUCACUGCGGUGGACUCCCAACCUGUACCCAGAUAGCCUUCGUCUUUGUUUCUAUUUGUUUUUAAAGAAGUGGAGAUGUAGAAGAAAACAUAUUUGCAG